CACAGUUUAUGGUCAAUGCGCGUUGAGUAGGGACUGUUGCUGCUAUUCGGCAGCACGGUAAACGUGAUUUCAUUUGGCUGAUUUUCAAUGAAUUCAAUUCCAAGUGUUAGUAAUUCCCUCGUACGCAUAAUCUGCACACAGUUCCGCGGAUAAAUGAGCUUGCAAGACAGCCUAUUCGCCGAAGACGUGGAGCACGACGUCACUCUGUUUUCAAGGGACAAGAAACAGAAAAGGGUACUCGUCUUUCCACCUGUAAACAACUAUCGGAGAUACAUCAUACACCAGUUGGUGCAGGAUCGUUUUGCCGAUCUGCACACAUUCUCGAUUGGCCAAAGUUCUGCUAGACGGACUGUCGUGUGUUACAAGAGUGACGUGAUAAGGGAUCCGAAGUUGAAUGGUGAACAGUGUAAAUCAACAACGAAAGAUAUUAACACGUUGUUCGAGAUGGGUGUCGAAGGCCAACGAUCGCCUUCCGCAUCUCCAGAAUGCGUACGAGUUCAAAGACAAGUCAAAUCAACGCCAACAGUUGAGAUCUACAGGCCACCAGCUGCUAGGAGGGCCAGAAAUGAACUUCAAACAAGUGUGGACCAAGUUCAGAUACAAACAUCUGCCGAUUCGUUUGCUACAAAAACUUCUCGUCAGAGAAGGCCAGAUCGUGCAGUUUACAUACCGAGACAUCGUAGAAGUUUGGAAACAGAAGGAAGUCCUCAACCAUCAGAAUCUGCUCGUGUGAAUCGUACAGUUAAGGACAACUUACUCUCUGCUUUUUGUGGACAAUCAAGAUCAAGUUCGAAUGUCAAAGAAAUGGACAGUGAAGUUGAUGUACAGCAAAGUAUGGAAUGUGAAAAAACGGGAUCAAAUACGUACUUCGAUAAUAAUCAAACCAAUAGUGAUUCUGAAGUCAACGUUUAUCAAGAAGAUCCAAAGGAAAUAACUUCUUCGAUCGUUCCAGAAGAAUCUACAAUGGAAGUCAAGAACGAAAUAGCAAUUGAGCAAUUAUUUAAUUUAAAUGAAGAUGUGCCAAAUGAUUCGAAUAGUGCUGGUUUAGCUUCUGAAGUUAAAUGUGAGAUAACUGAUACAGAAUUUCAGUCAGAAACUCUCGAAGAGCAAGAAAAUUCUAGUGAAAAUAAGAAUAACUUAGACUCAGUUGAAACAUGUAUAUAUAGUGAGAUUAAUGUUAAUGAAGAAAUAGACAGAUCUGAUAAAUAUAAGGAUGAUAUUAUCAUGAUUAACUCUGAUGCAAAUAAUAAAAAACAUGCAGAGAUCUCAAACAAAGACGAAAUAACGAAUCAAAAGAACGUGCAAAUGAUGCGUCGCAAUAUGGUAUCAAACGUGCUGAUUAUAUCAGAUACUGUACAGAAAGAACCAGAACCUAUUAAGGAAGUUAUUCCAGUUCCUCUAGCAUCGCCAGAAAAGAAAGUGAAAAAAGUUGUACGACAGAAAAGUAAACCUGCACCACCACCUUCUCCGCCAUUAACAUCGGCUGUUGGUGAUGUUAUGAUAGAACAACCGAAAAGUGAUUACAAGCCAUACACUAAACACAUCGAAGUAUCUAGCGACGAAUUUGCUCACGUUGUUGAAAUUUACAAUUUUCCAUCAGAAUUUAAAACUAGUGACUUAGCAGCUGUUUUUAGUCCUUUCAAGAAUGGUGGCUUUGAACUGAAGUGGGUAGAUGACACACACUGUCUCGGAGUCUUCAGUAGUCCUCUUGUUGCUGCCGAGGUAUUGGCUUCGGAUCAUCCGUUUGUUAAAACACGACCUCUAAGCGAAGCCACAGCCUUAAGUAAAACGAAGGCAAAACGAAGCGCGGAAUUUUUACAGCCAUACAGAAGUCGUCCAGAAACGUGCGCAGCAUUAGCGAGACGAUUGGUUACGGGUGCUCUGGGUGUGAAAUUAGCUACUGCUAGACAAGAACGCGAACAUGAAAAAAACAUAUUACGUGAGGCUAAAGAAAAACGUAGAUUAGCCAACAAACAGCGAGAAGAUGCCUGGGAGGGCAUUAUACCCGAAAAGUAGCAUUAUUUGUUGAAAAUAUAAUGUUCACACAUUAAGAAUUAUUUACAUCGUUGUGUAAGUGUUUUACGACAUUUACAUGGAUUUGUGCCUUACUCAUCUAUUCUCAUCUUUGACAAACUCAUUUUUGUCGAACUGAUUGGGCGAUUGGUUUUGGGAACAUGGGACGAUUGCUUGCCAAUAGAUGAGUGUGGCAUGACAAAACUAUCAAGUAACAGAUCUACUUGCUUAGGACUGGUAAAGUGAAUUUUCCAGUGCUUGUUUAUUUUCUACGUAUUAUGCAUAUCACAAUAUUCAGACCAGUUGAAUGAGCGUGCCUCUUGUACUAUUUUCUAACAGAAGGGUAUUAAGUAUUUUAAGUAAACGUCUAAAGGGUGAUUUACAGCCUUGUUAUAUUAGGAAGCUUUAUAAAAAAAAAGGGGGAAAAAUACAGAUGUAGAAGCAUUUUACGAUAUAUACGGUUAUUCUUACCUCAACAGUUGCCUCUGUUAUAAAUUUAUAUAUACAUGAUAAAUAAUACUGUGUUGUGCAAUGGUACGAGACAAUAAGUUAGAAUAGUAGAAAAUGAAGAUAUCCUUUUACAUAAGCACGCGCAUGUGCACGUACAUCGAUAUGCUACAUUGGUAUAUAAUCAAAGUGUAUCUUCAAAGAGUUAUGAUUUUACGAUGAUGAAAUUAUACUGAAAUUACACUGUGUGGCAUUUUAUUAUUAUACGCAACGUAUAGUUACGAAUAUGUAGUUACAAAUUAUGCCACUUAUUAUAUUAUAUAUACAUAUAU